AUGUCGACACCGAACCAGCACCAUCGCAGGAUCGCCCAGCGCAAUGCAAAGGAGUCCGCGCUUUUACGCCCACCCGGAGAAGUACGAAACCUGAUAUGGUCCUACGCCGUACACGCUGGAGAACCGGUAUUCGUUGACUAUUUUGACUCACACGACCCCCAAAAUUGGCCUAUACAGGACAUCAGUCAAGUUUGCAGACAAGUACACGCAGAAACUCGCUUGCUUGCUUACGUCGUCAAUACCUUCGAGUCGAUCGACAUAGACGCUCUUACAGAAUGGCUCAUGAUACGACUUCCCGAGCAGAGAGCCGCCAUACAGCGAAUCCAAGUUUGCGAUAGACAGUUCUCAUAUGAUUUCCUACAACUUCUUCCAGGCUUGAAGUCUAUCGUGGUGAAAUGCUUCUGCGAUAAGGCUGUCGUCGACGAUUGUGCACAUGGCAAAGCUAUCGUCAACAACUUGGAAGGCACCUCGGGUAAUUCCGGUCUCAAGAUCCAACACCUGCCGAUGUUCUUGAAGAAGUGA